AGAGCCAUCUUAAGUGCACUACAUGAGGACUUUGGAUUUCCUCCACUGUAAAACCAAACAAUGUGGAUUGUACAGUAAUCUUUACUGCUGGCUGGGCAGGACCUGAGGGCUCUCCACUUUCACUUCCAGGAUCUAACCCGCUGCUCAUACAAAACUGUUUUAGCAGGAAUGAUUUUUAUCUUUUUUGUUGGUUAAGGUUUUUUUAUAUGCCAGGGUGAACUUUUAGGAACUCGGAAAGGACUUUGGCCACCUGCCAGAAUGCGUUACAGCAAUAACAAUAUGGUGAUUGUGUUCUUGGUGUUUUCUCUCCUGACGGUCCCUGUCCUUCAGUGUGCCAAGAUCCUGACCGUCUGUCUCAUUGGAGGAAGCCACUAUUUGUUAUUAGAUGAGAUCUCUCAUAACUUCCACCAGCAUGGCCAUGAGGUCCGCAUGCUCUUGCAGCUGGGCAACCCUGUCAUUACAGGUUUUUCCUACACAGGCCGUGCAGACAGCUACCAGACAAGCACCUGGUCCUUAGGAGAGAGCUACAUUAAAGAAUACAAUGGGUGGUUCCUGGAGCAACAAACACAGUUUUUACUGGGCAGAGAUGCCUUCAGUGACUUCCUGAACUUCAUGGGCCACCUAUCGUACCAGUGUGACCAUCUGCUGGGGGACAGGGAGAUGAUGGCCUUUCUCCAGCGGGAACACUAUGACAUUGCCAUCCUGGAUGCUUUCAACCCCUGCUCAUUCAUCCUGGCACGCAAACUUGGUGUGCGUCAUGUAGCGUUCUACCCCGGCCCUCUGAACGGCCCUCUGUCCAUUGCCCUCCCCAGCCCCCUCUCCUAUGUCCCAGUCUUCAACUCCCAGCUCUCCGACCACAUGGAUCUCUGGGGUCGUACAAAAAACCUGCUCUAUUCUCUCCUGGCUCCUAUAGGCCAGGAGUUUGUGUGGUCAAGGUUUAGGGAAGUUGCAGAACGCCACUUGGGUGCAGACUCACCCCCUGGUGGUCUGGAGGAAUUAUAUCAGGGAGCUGAGCUCUGGGCCUUCAACACCGACUUCUCCCUGGAGUUCCCCCAGCCUCUUAUGCCAUACACGGUGCUGGUGGGAGGACUGCUGAACAAACCUGCUAAGCCUCUGGAUCAGGAUUUAGAGUCAUGGAUUUCAGGUUAUGGAGAGGCAGGUUUCAUUGUGGUGACCCUGGGGUCCAUGGUGUCCUCUGUCUCUGUGGAUCAUCUGCUGGUGGAGAUGACUGCUGGCUUCUCCCAAUUCCCUCUGGGGGUCAUCUGGAGGUAUGACCUUGAGCGAUGGCCGUCUCACCUGGACGUACCUCCCAACCUCAGGCUGGUGGACUGGCUGCCUCUGAACGACUUGCUGGGCCACCCUAAAGUUCGUCUCUUCGUCACCCAUGGUGGUCAAAACAGCCUGCUGCAGGCAGUGUACCAUGCUGUUCCUGUGCUGGGAAUCCCGCUGUUUGGAGACCAGUUUGAUAACGUGGUGAGGGCUGAAGCAAAGGGGCUGGGCCUCAUUAUCAGGCCCACACACAUCACCAGAGAGCUGCUCAGCUCCACUAUCCAAGCGCUCACACAGGACAGCAGGUUCAAGUCCUCAGCCCUGUCCCUCAGCAGGAUCCACCGGUCAUAUCCCGUCCCUCCAGGUCUCCGACUCAUUCAGUGGGUGGAGCAUAUCCUGCACAACGCAGGUGGAUCUCACCUCCGGCCGAUCUCACUGACACAGCCCUGGUACCAGAGGUGCCUGCUGGACACGGCUCUGCUUUUCUCUCUGCUGCUGCUGGGACCGGCGGCUCUCUGCUGGGCUUUGUGUAGGCGCAGGAAGAGCAGGGAUAAAAACAAAAAACUACAGUAAUGGCACAAAGCUCUCACUCAGAUGAGGGACAGCUGUUCAGAUCUAUACCUCAGUUCUGGGUGAGUUGCUCUUUGGGGACUGCAUUGUGUACUAUGUAAAUACUGCAUAAUUUAUCAUGAUUAUUAUUUUUUUAAUAUGAUUUCUUGGUGCCCUAAAAUACAGUAGGUGAUCAGUUAAUAAAUCUUUGCUUGAUGACUAAUUGUAAUUCAUAUUCAU